UGUUUCCAGGUUUCCACUUUCUUAGUGAACUGAACCCCUUGUUACCACCUCCUUGUGUCUUCCGUCGUCUCGUCCUCCUCCUCGACCGUCGCUCGUUGGCAUUUGAGGAAGGGGCUCAGCAAUCCGUACUCUGCGCACCACCUUCCUCAACACCUUCUUGUCGCUCCUUUGGCAUACAAUUUUUUACUGAAUUUUUUGUCCGGCAUUUGCUGCUGUGGCCCCUUCUCGCACUCCCUGACGAAAAGGAACCGAACUAUUAGACCUUCCUGACUCUCGCCCGUUUUGAUAAUUGUGGUCUGCUGCUGCUUUCAUCAUGCUUCUUCACUCGGCGCUUCUGGCGCUCGGCGCCACCCUCGCCGCUGCCGUGCAACCUCUGGAGGUGAAGGACCAGUACUUCGUCAACCCCAAGACGGGCAAUCGCUUCCAGAUUGUCGGUGUCGCCUAUCAGCCGGGCGGCUCUGCGGGCUACGACAAGGCCAAGGGCCGCGACCCGCUCAGCGAUCCGACAAUCUGCCUGCGCGAUGCCGCGCUGCUGCAGAUGCUGGGCGUCAACACGAUCCGCGUUUACAAUGUGAAUCCCGAUGUCAACCACGAUGAGUGCGCCAGCAUCUUCAACGCCGCCGGCAUGUACAUGAUCCUCGACGUCAACUCGCCCCUGGUCGGCGAGUCCCUGACCAGCGACAAGCCCUGGGAGUCGUACUAUGCCGCAUACCUGAACCGCACCUUCGCCGUCGUCGAGGCCUUCAAGAACUACCCCAACACCCUGGCCUUCUUCUCCGGCAACGAGGUCAUCAACAACGUGGAGACGGGCGCCACCGUGCCGCCGUACAUGCGCGCCGUCACUCGGGACAUCAAGAACUACGUCAAGAAGCACACGUCUCGCCCGAUUCCUGUCGGCUAUUCCGCCGCCGACGUGCGCUCGAUCCUGUUUGACACGUACCACUACUUCCAGUGCGCCCUGGAAGGCGACGAUGACAACAUGAGCAUGGGUGAUAUCUUCGCCCUCAACAGCUACAGCUGGUGCGGCGACAGCAACUUCCACGAGGCUAGCUACGACCAGCUGGUCUCCGGCUUCACGGGCAACUCAGUGCCCAUCUUCUUCUCCGAGUACGGCUGCAACACCCCCUCCCCCCGUGUCUUCACCGAGGUGCCCACUAUCUACGGCCCGCAGAUGACGGGCGUCUUCUCCGGCGGGCUUGUGUACGAGUACACGGAGGAGCCCAACAACUACGGGCUUGUCAACAUGUCGAGCACCGACGACUCGGCGAUCCUCCUGGGCGAUUUCGUGACGCUGCACAAGCAGUACGCCAAGCUCAACUUCACCGAGAUCCAGGGCCAGAAGCCCGGCAGCUCGUCGGCGUCGAAACCCCCCGUCUGCAGCUCCAAGCUCAUCACCACCGCGGGCUUCAACAACAACUUCACCCUGCCCAGCCCGCCCCCGGGAGCCCAGGACAUCAUCGACCACGGCGUCAAGCCGACUCCGAGCGGCAAGCUGGUCGACAUCAAGGACUGGACGGUCAAGGUCACCGUCAAGAACGUCGACGGCAGCGUCAUCACCAACCUGGCUGUCAAGCCGCUUGGCGACGACGACAUCAACCACCCCGGCACCGUCACCGAUGUCACCGAUAACGGCACCAGCACCGGCACCUCGACCGCGGCCGCCGCCACCACCAGCGAGGACGCCGCUCCCCGGUCGGCCGCCGUGGUGCUCCCUGCCGUGGCCAUGGGCGCGCUGGCUGUUGUCGCCGGCUAUGCCAUCUAAGCCUUUUUUCUUCUUGGCUUUCGUGUGUUUGUAUCCUCGUGGUGGAGGAUACGUUGCCCGCUUGUGGGACCGUCAUUGAUGACGUUGUUCCUUGGGGUGGGGGAUGGGUGGGUGCCAGCCGGCGACUGAGCCCUCGACGGGUGAGCUGUGACCGCGGCUGGGGGCCGG